CACGUGGUCCUAUUACGUUGUGAGGCGUGUGUGACAUUUGCUGCAUGAUGCUAGUUGAUGAACAGCUAGCCGGAUAAAGAUGCGGAACUAAGGAAGUAAAUCCAAAAUAUAUUGCAUCCCAACGACCGAGCUGACGUUUGCGCUACAGUUUGUUACCUGAUCUGCAUUACGAAAUAGAGUUUAUAUCAAAUGUAGCUCAUAGUGAAACUUCAUCUGUUUGAAACCGGUGCACACUAAGCUAACCCUUUCUCCUAAGUUAUACUGUAACUGAAGGUUCCAGUUGAGCCGGCGUUUUGACAUUUUGUGAAAUGUUGAAAUUUAUCAGAUAACAUUGACGAGUCGUUGAUUUGGGUUUUUUAUUACAGUAUGGCUAGACAUUAACGCGUAAGCCUUCUCCGCUAACUGCACUUUGCACACAAGGUUAACAUUAGCUUUAGCCAGCUAGCUCCUCACUUUCUUAUGCUGUCUUUUAAGGACAGGUGUGCAGAAAGUAGCCCCGGCGCGGCGGAGGGCAGAUAGGGUCUGCAACUUAAUAACAGCCCUCACAGGAGAAGUUUUUUUUUUUUUAGUUCCUUUAAUAAGUGCAGCCAGAGGAGGUGGGGGGGACAAUGCUGCUCUCCUUGGUGGUGCACACAUACUCGCUGCGGUACUGGUUUCCAGCCACGGUCAUGCUGGGCUCAGCCCCGGCGUACCUGCUGUCAUGGGGGGCCUGGCGUUUACUUUCAACUGUCUUACCGGCGAGAAUGUAUCACAAGUUAGACGAUCGGUUGUACUCCAUGUACCAGAGCAUGGUUCUGUUCUUCUUUGAGAACUACACCGGAGUAGAGAUUAUUAUAUAUGGCGAUAUACCAAAGAACAAAGAGAACGUGAUCUACUUGUCCAAUCAUCAAUGUACAGCUGACUGGAUCAUCGCUGACAUGCUGGCCAUCAGGCAGAGUGCUCUCGGCCAUGUCCGAUACGUCCUCAAAGAUGGACUCAAGUGGCUCCCGCUGUACGGCUGGUAUUUCUCUCAGCACGGAGGAGCCUACGUGAAGCGAAGUGCGAGGUUCAGUGAAAUAGCAAUGAAGAAGAAGCUCUACACUCAGACUCAGUCUGGAACCCCGAUGUACCUUGUCAUCUUCCCAGAAGGAACUCGGUAUAAUCCGGAGCUGAAGAAUGUAAUCGCUGACAGUCAGGCUUUUGCUACAAAAGAAGGGCUGGCUGUCCUGAAGCACACGCUCACGCCCAGAAUGAAGGCCUCUCACAUCGCCCUGGAGGCCAUGAAGGACCACCUGCACGCCGUGUACGACGUCACGGUGGCCUACGAGUCGACGCACAAAGUCCCGCGUCAAAGAAAACCCGCGCCGUCGAUGCCAGAAUUCCUGUGCAAGGAAUGUCCCCGCGUCCACAUACACUUCGACCGUGUGGACAUAAAGGAAAUUCCUUCAGAGCCACUGUUUUUCCGCAGGUGGCUUCACGAGCGGUUUGAAAUCAAGGACCGGCUGCUGACGGAUUUCUACGAGUCGGAGGACGAUGACAAAAUCUGCAGGUUUCCCGGGGAAGGAAAGCCUUCUCCUCUCCUCCUCUCCAAGACCCUCCCGUCGGUGAUGAUCCUGGGGGGACUGACUCUGCCGCUGCUGCUGACGGAGAGCGGCAGGAGACUGUACGUGAGGACCUGGGUGUACGGGACUCUGCUGGGCUGGCUGUGGGUCAGCGCCUUUCCCUAACCGACACGGCCGCAGCGGCUGCCACCACGGGACGCACAAGAGACAUGGAGAGACGACAACCAUCCUGCUGCAUCGCAAAACGACACACACACACACACACACACACACACACACACCCCUACACACACACACACACACACACACACACACGAGGUGUGUUCCAGACGCGGAGCAGUAUCUGAUGAGAGGCUCUGAGAUUUUCCAGAGAAGUCUGGCUCACUGUUGACCUCGAGCUGCAAGCAGCACGGAGAUACGGAGAAAUGUUAAAAGCUUUUCUUUUUUUUUUGUGCUACUUGUUCCCUCGCGUUGUUUGGAUUUGCAGCCUGAAAUGUUGAAAAUCGUGUGGAAUUGGUGGAAAUAAUUCUCAAAAAUAGCCCUGGUUAUCUGCUAUCAAAUAAAAAUAGCUAUAUCCGUAUCUUAAACUAAUCCCCGUCAUCAGACUUAGGCAAGUUAGUAUUCAUGCAUGCCCACUAUUCCAUCAAACAUCGGCCAGUUUCAAAGCUCUUAUAUGUUUGAGAGCCAUGUGAGCUCAGUUAAUGGAUCAUGUUCAGCUACUGUAUUUAGCACCAGCCUGCUGCUAAUGGAUCAUUAAUUAUAUAAGUGCACUGACUCUUUGGCACUAGUUGUAACAUCAUUCUGGCAAAUUCACAUGUCGGGAGGUUUAGGCAAUUAGCUCAUUUAAAGUGGUGUUUUACAUUAGAACGAAAAAGUAGCAUGCAGUCCUCAAUCGGGGCUCAGAAACAUGAAACCAGCUGCAUUGUUUACCAUAAAUGUUCAUAUGACAUCACUUGGUUUUAAAUUAUCAUAAUGAAUGUAGCUGUAGACGUUUAUGCAUUUAUGAAAUGGCUUUUUUUAAAUUGAAUCCCCAACACCUACAAUGUGUGUUUUACUAAUAUUGUUAUCCUUAAAAAAAGAAAGAUCUACUCUACUUUUUUGAGCCAAACAAUGACAGAUGCCACAGCGAGCUCAUAUGAAAGAAUGCGUGUUUAAAAAUGAAAUAUUGCUUUAAACUUAAAAUGUCAAUUAUUGCCAAAAACCUGUUGUAUUUACCAUGAUGUUCUACAUGUGUUUGACUUGAGAGAAUCUGUUUAAUACCAGCCUGGAUGACAGCAAACAAACCUAAUGUCUCCUUUCUAACUAUUUUUUUUAAAUUUGAUUUAUUGUUUUACAAUGGUUUAUUCCCAGAUCCAUACAUUUGAUAUUCAUUUCUUUUUCGUUAAUUACCACGUUACAGCUCAUACAAAAGAAUGUACCGAGCAAAACCCUGACGAAGCCAUGUUGACAGUAUAUCACAGGUUCCUGUGCACUCAAAGCCAUUUGUAUUAUUAAUGCCACUGUGUUGUGAAAUGCAAUGUUUGUCCAUUGUUGUUUACUUUUCAUGAAACCAUUGCAUUUUUUUCCACGUGUCACUUUAAUUUUUUGCGGUCUCGUCCUCGUCUAAAGUUAGUCUGUUUUCCUCACGCGCGCAGUGCUGUAAUUCUCAUUGUUUGUCCAUCCAAUACCUCGCUCCAAUAAUGCUUCAUUCUUCGUAAAUGGCUUGUCAGCAAUUUUAUAGUCAUUUCUAUCCUGACAAAACCACACUGUAGCUCGUCAGGAAAUCUCUACCUAGACAGUGUUUUUAAAGGCCAACUGUUUUUGGAAAUGUGUGCCUUCUCUCUGGAGGAGUUGGUCCUCGGCCCUCAGAGGGCCACAGUGGCUCUUCUCAGCCACGCGGCUGCACAGAGGCGCUGCAGCGUCGGGGUCACAUUGUCUACAGUUCAUCGUGGCUUAUUUUGCUCAAAGAAUGCAUUGAUUUUCACUUUUUGAGGACUACUGUUAGACGAUGGAACCCUUUAAUGUAAGUUCUGCAAAAAGAGGGCUAGAGAGAGAAAUAAAAUGGUUUUCUUUUUGGGUGAG